CCUUAUGUGUGAUCAAUAAAUGAUAACGAUAAGUUUGGAAACCUUCUCAAGACCAGGUGUUUUAGAACCUCAUGACGAAAGAUGUUAAAUGUAACUUUAUUUCUCUUUUCUCAGCAAUCGCAGCAGUGAAACUAUCGUCUUCAUCGACGCUUCUUACAACGGAGGCAGCAGAAUGGAGAAUUUUUUUGAUAUAUGAAGCACUUUACAAACAGAAAAGGCUAGGAGACCUACAAAUAGAAGUGAUUGGCGAUAAUAUUCCAGGAAAACCGCCAACGAACAUAACUUCACUGGCAUUGAGUCCAUCUCGUAUCGCUAUCAACUGGAAUCCGCCACAAUCGGAUAAAUGUGAAGUAUUUCCCUUGCUGGGAUUCCUUGUCUUUUAUUCCUUCAAUGAUAAAGAAAAUGUUGACGUUAAAAUGUUAAACGUGAACAAAUCUAACAGCAACGUCGUCAUACAGGAUUUGGAAAAUUUUGAGUGUUACCUGAUUUGGAUACAAACGAUAACUGCGCGUGGCCUUGGACCAAAAAGUAAAGCAGUGAAAAGAAGGACGUUAGAACAAGUGAUUUCGGUGAAACUAACCAUUCAGUUGAAUGUCCCCUGGGUUCAAGCUCAACUUAAUAGCACCAGCGACGCUUUCCAUAACGUAACAGCCAGGAUUGAACGAAAUGUUUACCUCUUGUAUGAAAACAAUGUCCAGUUACGAAAAGUGGAGUGCCAUAAGCUUAUAAAUGAGAGUGGAAAGACCGCAGCAGAAGUUGAAAUUACAUUUGGCCAGCACGUUCAAAUGUCUGCUUUUAUUCUGUUGUACAAAGAGCUGUACGAAAAUGGAACUCUGGGAAACAUGACAGUGGCUCCUAUCUCAGAUAACAGUAAGUAUUCAUUUCCUGGAAAACCUCCCACAAACAUGUCGGUUGAAGCCAUCAAUCCAACAAGCUUAUUAAUCAAAUGGAAAUUCUCAUUGCCAUCUUACGAGCCAGUAAUUCCAAACGAAGCUCUGCGGAUGUUUUAUGAGCUUAAAGAAAAUACAACAAUGCAAAACAUUAAAGACACGAACGUUACAGCAGGAUUUCUUGUACUGGAUAAAUUAAAGAAAUUCUCAUGGUACACUGUCUGGAUAAAGAGUGUUACGUCUCGAGGACUGGGAGUCGAAAGUGAACGUUUCAAAAUACGAACUUUGGAGGAAGUUGUUCCUAUCAACACGACAGUCCGACUGCCUGGCGAAAAUUGGACUGCUGAUCUUUUAAACACAACCUCAGAUGCUUUCUCAAAUCUGUCAAAACAAUUACAGAUUAAGGUGGAAGAAAUGUAUCACAACGAAACUCAUCUACGCGACAUAGUCAUUCACCGCUUUAGGAAUGACAGUCGUAAAGUUGUUGCUGACAUGGAAAUUAUCUUCGGUCAAUACGUGGAAAUGAAACUGUUCAUAACUCUGUACCAGGCCCUAUACAGGAAUGGCUCCUUUAGUGACUUACCAGUGCAACCCAUACGGGACAACAUUCCAGGAAAACCUCCACAAAACAUAUCCGGGCAUGCCACGGGUACAACAACCAUUCUGGUGGAAUGGACCACCGUGCCGUUGGAAUCUGACGUUAUACUGCUCAGGGUUUUUUAUGUCAUAACAAGCAAGCCAAAUGAGACGAUUUCGAGAAAUGACAUAAACGUAACAAAACGAAGUGUAAAGAUUGAAAACCUGGAAAAGUUUGCUAACUACAGAGUUUGGGUACAAAGUGUUUCCACUCGAGGUCUUGGCGUCUCAAGCAUUCCGAUUAACGUUCGAACAUUGGAGGAAGUUGUACCAGUAAACUUGACGGUUCGUCUCAGCGACGUGAAAUGGAACAGGAAUCUUUCUGAUCCAGAAAGCGACAACUUCAAAAUCUUGGCCAGAACCAUUCAACAGAAUGUGUUCCUACUGUAUGGACAAGAGUCGAGCUACCUACGGAAUGUCCAGUGCCAUCAAUUUAGAAAUGGAAGUGUGUUGGCAGAUUUGACUAUAGUAUAUCGUCAAAGUGUUGAACCAAAGCAGUUUGCUGUUAUUUUCAAAGCACUCUAUGAAGAUGGGAAACUUGGAAAUUUGACCGUACAGCCGGUUAAAGACAAUGUACCCGGUAAACCGCCAACAAGUGUUAGCGCGGAGUCAAACACAUCCACGAGUAUCAAAGUCACGUGGCAAUGCGCGGACUGCCACGAGCUCAACACAACAAUAGGAUUUCUUAUCUCUUACAAACUUGACAACAACAACCGCACUUUAGCUGUUGCUGUAAACAGGACUGUAAGAGACUUUCUGAUCAGUGGACUUAAAAAGUUUUCAAACUACACGAUCUAUGUGAGCAGUGUAACGCGAAGGGGCGUCAGCAUGUCAAGCAAACGAUUGAGCGUAAGAACACUUGAAGAUGAACUUGAAAUUUUAGUGCCCAGUCUUGCUCCUGUGAAUCUUCGUGCGUAUAACAUGAGCUCCACCAGUCUUUUGGUUGCCUGGGAACAACCUCCUGAGGAUCAAGUGAACGGCAUUUUGUUGGGUUACAAAGUAACUUACAGUAAAUAUGGAGAAAUCGACACCAGAAAACAAAACGACAGCGUUAUGUUGAAUUUCACCACAAUAAGCGGAUUAGACAAGUUUACAGUCUAUCAAGUAAAUGUGUCGGCGUUCACUCGUGUUGGGAAUGGACCAGAAGCAAAUGUGUCUGCAUCAACUGAUCAAGAUGUGCCCAGUCUUCCACCGACGGACAUCACAGCAUACAACACGAGCUCAACAAGUUUGAAGGUGACUUGGAAUCCCGUCCCGCAAGGGUACGCUCACGGGAUUGUUCUGGGGUACAUUGUGCUGUACAAAAGGGAGAAGGAUUUAAACACUAGUUAUAUCAAUAUAACAAGCCUAGUGACCUCUGUAGAGCUCACUGAUCUCAACAAGUUUACAAUGUAUGUGGUCAAAAUGUUGGCAUUUACAAUAAAAGGAAACGGAGCGAUGACAAAUGGAACUCAUGCAAGAACACAUGAAGAUGUUCCCAGUCUGCCUCCGACACAACUCGGCGCUUACAACACUAGUUCAACAAGUUUAAUGGUCACGUGGCUGCCUGUUCCUGAUGGAUAUGUGCAUGGCAUUCUCCGAGGUUAUCGUCUCUUGUUUAAAAUAGAUGAGGACAGUUUUUACCAGAAUGUGACAACAGUUAACCAAAGUUUUGAGCUGAUGGGACUUGAAAAGUUUACUAAUUAUUCUGUUAAAGUUUUGGCGUAUACUCGGAUUGGUGAUGGAAACGUAUCUGACCCUGUUCUCGUUUCAACUGAUGAAGAUGUUCCAAGUCUUCCACCUCACAACGUCAGCAGCUACAACACAAGUUCCACCAGUGUCCAUGUAAGCUGGCAUGAGGUGCCCCGUAGCUUUGUUCAUGGUAUUCUGCUCGGUUACCGUGUGUUCUACAAAGUCGCAAGUGGAACAAGCAAUAACAACGUCGUUUCAACUUCAGGAACUACAAACGAAAAAGAGUUGCAGGGGCUAAAGAAAUUCACCAUUUAUCAGGUCACUGUCUUAGCGUUUACAAGGAUUGGGGAUGGAGCAAACUCAACUAGCAUAUUUGUUUCAACUGACGAGGACAUUCCCAGUCAACCCCCAACUGACCUAACAGCAUACAAUACAAGUUCUACAAGUCUUCAGGUGACCUGGGGAGAGGUACCUGAAGGAUUUGGUCAUGGAAUUCUACAGGGUUACCGAGUGUUUUAUAAAAGGACUGGUGACAAGAAUGACAGUUAUGUGAACUCGACCACAGGCCCAAACGAGCGGAAGCUUCACAUCACAGGAUUGGAAAAGUUUACAGCAUACUCAUUAAAGGUUUUGGCUUUCACAAGAAAAGGCGAUGGAGCUGUUUCUGUUAAUAUGUCUGUUUUAACAGAUGAAGACGUUCCCAGCUUGCCUCCGCAAAGCGUCAAAUCAUAUAACACAAGCUCUACCAGUGUGAACGUCACGUGGCUUGAGGUUCCCACUGGCUUUGUUCACGGCAUACUAAGAGGAUAUCGAGUAUUCUACAACAGAACUCAACUCCAGGGGGCUACUGUCAAGGACGCGCCUGCUAACAAACGUUACGUUCAUCUGAUGGGACUGAAUAAGUUUACAAACUACACAAUACAAGUGGCCGCAUUCACAAGGAUUGGUUACGGAGCCUUGUCGUUGGACUUGAUAGUCUCCACUGAUGAAGAUGUUCCCAGCCGUCCUCCGCAAAACCUCCGAGGAAACAAUAUCAGCUCAACAGCGCUGAGAAUCACGUGGAACCCAGUUCCCGCCGGUUUCGUGCACGGUAUACUGCGAGGGUAUAGAGUGCUUUAUAGAAAGACGAACGAACCUUUCGCACCUUACACUAAGAUAACUGUCUCACCAAGAGUCAAUGUGAAAGAAAUCCACGGUCUUAAGAAGUUUACCUUCUAUACUAUACGGGUUCUCGCGUUUACCAUAAAAGGUGAUGGUGCCAAGUCUGCACCGGUAAAUGUAUCAACGGAUGAAGACAUUCCCAGUGAGCAACCACAGAAUGUUUACGCCAAGGACAAAGCAAGUGCAACGGUAAUUUACCUGUCAUGGCACCGCCCCCCGGAACACACCAUGCACGGUAUUCUACGUGGCUACUACAUUUGGUACAGUAUCAUCAGCCUUGGAAUUUAUGACGAAACUCCAGUUUUUCCACAAGACUACAUGAAGAAACAACUACCUGCAGGGUCUAAAAGCGAUGCUCUCACUGAUCUGGAAAGUUACGCUACAUACGACAUAAGAAUAGCCGCCUUCACCAGCAAAGGAUACGGUCCCAUCAAAGACAUAUCAUCAAGUGAGCGUGAUUAUUCGUUGUAUAAUAUAAAUAUUUUUACUAUGUUUCAUGUACGUUUGUGUGGAGAGUUACGUCGAUUUUGCCUCGUACUGAGUUUUGUGCGAGAAAUGAAACGAGGGACCGUGAUUCCUCUCAAUGUUUUGUUCCCUGCUGCUGUAGGCUACACAGUAGAUAUCACACGUUUUGUAAAGCGAACCUGCAGAUGUCGCUCCACGAUCCCGACUAACUGGUGGAAAAAUCCUCCAUACGUGAACUCACAACCCUAUAGCAACAGAAGCAAGGAAAGCGGUAUCUUGCCAACCAUACUUGAGUUGGCUGUUUCUCACUGCUGCCAGGGAUGCGAUGAGUUCGGCGCCACGACGAUUGACUUCACAACUGAUGCAAAUGGCUUAGAAGCCGAAAAAGAAGGUGUCAUUGAGGUCAAGGACGCAAUCAGUACCAAAACAAUGAUUUCCUUUGGACUUGCUGGUGUAAUGCCUCAAGAAAAGUACUAUAGUCCUGAUGGGAUAGCGGAGUACGUGCCUAUCAUGGAGACUCCGGGCGUAGCUUUUAUCGUAGCUGAAAAGAGAGAUAUUCACAAGGAAGUCCUACUAGCGAUUCUAAGCUGUUGGCCUGCUGUUGUCAUCGCUUGUAUCAUGACCUACGUAGCUGGAAUUGUCGUGUGGGCUCUGGAUAUGAACUGGAAUCACGUUGACUUUCCCAAAUCUUUCUUUUCGGGAUCACUCGAGGGAUUCUGGUGGUCGUUCGUUACCAUGACAACGGUUGGGUACGGUGAUCGGAUUCCUAAGUCCAUUCCAGCCAGGUUGUUUGCUUUUCUGUGGACGUGGACCGGUAUCGCUACAAUAGCUGUAAUCACGAGCAGUAUGACAGCUUCACUCAUGAGUAUGGUGUUCAAGCCAGAAAGGAUGAUCUACGGAACAAAGUUGGCAGCCAUUGAUAACUCCACUGAAUACAAACUGGGACUCAGACGCAAUGCCAUACUAAACCCAGAUCACUCAUACGGGAACUUGUUCGAUAUUUUUGAAGACCUUGAAAAAGACCGAAUCCAUGCUGCUCUUCUUGACUCGUACUCGACAGCAAGCGAGAGUAAGAUGUUCAGUAAGGACUGGUUACGAGUGAUAGAAAUCAUACCUGUUAGAUACGAGUCUGCUAAUGGAGUGGUACUGACCGGUGACGUUAUGAGACUAGCGCGCUGUUUCCGACGCUAUGUGAAAUCAGAAACAAGUACCAUACACAGAAUUAUACAGAGAAACGUAGGGACUAUUGAGGCAGAUGACGUUCCUUUUGCAGUGAAGACAUCUUCUGAUCUGCUUACUGAAGAAUCUUAUCUUUAUGUAAGAACAGUGAUUAUCUUGGGAGGCUCUCUCGGUGUCUUCACUCUCUCUGGUCUCCUUUGGCAUUUUUGCUUUUAUAAAAAGACGAUAUCACCACAGCCUUCUGAUUCAGACGGACAAGUGGCGACGCUAGUCAAGCCCCAAAUAACACGCCAUGAAAUAAGAGAACAGCUAAAACAAGAGAUCGUAGAGUUUUAUGCAAGAUUUCGGCAAAAGUAUCUUGCUUUACGGCGAAAACAUAUCAAAGAACUUAAGGAACUUAGAAAAUUGUCCAACAAUAAUGGCAGCGCAGACGUCAGAAGACUGCCGGAAUUUUCUGCAAAUCGCAAGGGAAAUUAUGUUGUUACCAGAGACGCUGACGUCAAUUCCAUAUUAGAAGGACUGGACAUGACCAUAUUCGAUAAAAGAAGCAGCAAAAGAUGGCAUUUUUGAGUAAAAGAAAGACAGUAUUUCAUAAACUAAAGACUGAACGAAUAAUUGAGCUACAGAAUAAAUAUGAGAGAACGAUGUUCCUUUUCGUGAAAUUUUAAAAUAUUUUUGUCUACUUUUACCAAUAUCUUACCGGUAAAAUUCCAUAUAAGAGCAAUUGAAACAUACACAAAUUGUACAAUAAUUAUUCACACACUUUCUUACCUACGGCCUGCUGUACUUCUAGUGUAGUUAUGUCGUUUUUUUGUGGUACUUUACUGUUAAGGUUUGAUUUGACCGAAAUGAUUAAAAAUUGAACAGCAA